GUGGGAUCCUGGGAGCUUCUGCCCCUGAUGGCGUUUGUAACCCAGCAUCAAAUCCAAAAGUUCCGCGAGGAUGGCUUCCUUGUCCUAGAGCAUUUUUUCACCGCAGAGGAGUGUGACAGCAUGAGGAAUCAGAUUUGGAGAAUCAUAGCGGAGAUGGAAGUGCCACCGCACUGCCGCACCGAGUUCUCCACCAAGGAAGAGGAGCAGCUCCAGGCGCAGGGUAGCUCGGAUUAUUUCCUAACCAGUGGAGACAAGAUUAGAUUCUUCUUUGAGAAAGGUGUUUUGGACGAGAGAGGUAACUUUCUAAUUCCAAAGGAGAAAUCCAUCAGCAAGAUUGGCCACGCUUUACAUGCUUAUGAUCCUGUCUUCAAGCAAAUCACCCACUCCUCCAAGGUGCAGGAAUUGGGAAGAAAACUAGGCCUUGAGAGACCCGUAGUUGUGCAAAGCAUGUAUAUCUUCAAGCAACCUGGCAUUGGUGGUGAAGUGACCCCGCACCAGGAUGCCACCUUCCUGCACACAGAGCCUCUGGGCAGAAUCCUGGGGUUCUGGAUUGCCCUGGAGGAUGCCACGCAGGAGAACGGCUGCUUGUGGUUCAUUCCUGGCUCUCACACCAGUGGAAUUACCCGGAGAAUGGUCCGUGCAGCUUCAGGUACCUCAACGUGCGUAGAGUUUGUAGGGUCAGAGCCAGCCUACGAUGACAGCCAGUUCAUACCUCUGCCGAUACGGAAAGGUGGACUCAUUCUCAUUCAUGGUGAAGUUGUCCAUAAGAGUGAACUGAACAGCUCAGAGUCUUCUCGCCACGUGUUCACCUUCCAUGUGAUGGAAGCCAAAGACACCAGCUGGAGUAAAGAGAACUGGCUCCAGCCAACUCCCGAACUGCCUUUUCCAUCGCUCUACACUUGAAGUUAGUGAUUGGCUUCUGGAGUCAAUAGCUGAUCGAUAUUCCUUUCUGAUCGUUUGUUCAUGUUCCCUUUAAAUACAACUUUCACUAGAUCAGCUCUCAAGAUUCACUUAUCCUCUUCUCAGAACGAGGACCCUUGACACAGCCGAAUACACCCGCAUUAGACAGAAGCUUCUGCUACAGCAUGAGCCCUACUAGUAUGAGAAUAGUCACCCAGUCCUUUUGGUAAGGAAACUUCUUCAGUCUUGAGAGUAGACCAUUAAAGACCAUUACACCUUACUGGGACCAGUGAAGAAGUAUUUCUUCUUGCAGAUACUCAGUAUUUUCUUCUGUUUAAGUCAAGAGCUUGCCUAGUGCAUUUCUUGGCUGUGUCGAUCCCAGCAAUGGAGGUGAACGUCUCAUGUGAAGAUGGCUGACGUUUACCCUUAGGUCUCUGUCCUAUUGUUUAAAUAAUAGUGAUUAAAAAUAAUCCUAUUGUGGGCCAAAUGAAGCAGGAAGUCUACUUUUAUAAUCAAUCUUCUAAGUAUUUCUAGCAAACUGUAGCUGAGUGUUUGAUCUCUAUGUUGAUUAAAAAUAUUACAGUUCUUAAAGAUUCAUGUUGAAAUUAUGACAACAAAAAGCCCCCAUCAAACUCCUAACAUUUAAAUAAAAAACCCCAGAAAUUCUCCUUUUCAUCUCCCUUCUCUUUUCUUUGAGGAAGACACAAUGUGACCUUCUCCCAACAAAUGGGGCCAGCACUAAGUUGUCUGAUGACCGGUUUGAACCCUCAAUGUGCACAAGAACAGUUACUAGCCCCAAAACCCCAACAAAACCAAACCAACUUACAGCAAGGUGAAGCUGAAGGAAUGUUAAGAAAUGUAAGUUACACCCGAGGCAAGCUCAAGCCUGUAUCCUAAACUGAACAGAAGCCGUGUAGGUGCAAUUUCACUGGCACUGGUGCAGUGGCAACCCUGAGAUGUGAGCCCGGUAUCAUCAAUGCACUAAUUACAUAGUAGUAACCUCGAGACUGCUCGGAGUCCUGGCAGAGGGAGCCCCAGUUCUUACUGACUCAUCCCUUUCAAAAGUAUAUUGCCUGUCUCUGGCAUUUGUUUGAUGUGAAAUAGUCAAAUUUGGUUUCUUUAUGGGAAGAAGUUUCCUUUCAGCCCUUUGGACUUUGCUGGGCAAUGCAGAAUAGGUUCAGUACAGCAAAGAACUCAUCAGAGAGGAAUGAUCGGGUGGCUGUAGUAGGAAUUAGGAAGCUGGGUAAUGGCAACAGCAGUAACGCUGAACUUCAAAGUUUCUGCAGGUACAGCUGCUGCCCUCCCCUACCUUUUCUACAGUUUGUUUGAAAGCUGCGAGCAGGGCAGGAGAGCGACUUCCUUUAACUCUGGUGCUAUUUUAUAACGUUAGUGGUGAAGGCUGUGGCUCGUGAUGGAAGCAGCUAAAGCUUUUUCGGUAUCUUUCCAUUAGAAGAGUUAAUAAUCUAGAAUAGCACCUUUCUGCUGAGGAGUGAUAAGUUUGUCCUCUGAUUAUAUGCACCACUACCUGCAAUGUACAAAACCGUCUAGUUCAAGUGCAUAAAUAAAAGCAAGAAACUGAAUUGGAUUUGCAGGAUUUCCUGUUCAACGUGAAGGAAACUCAGUCUAGCACAAUUACUGAGUUUGGUUUCCUACAAAGAGUAUCUGACAAUUUAUUGUGUUGUUAACCAAAACCAACUCUGGACAAUUUUGCCAUCCUCAGCGGCAGCAGUAUCAAAUCUCAGGAGCCCUGCCCGGGCAGGGGGGUAAAUUGGGCAACGCUGCCUCUCAGCUAUUCGAGUCCUGGCUCGUCGCAGGGACAAACACAGUAUUAGAUUCUGGGGCCAAUUCUGCUGGCUCGAUCUGCUGUCCCAGAGCACUAGUUUCACUCCACCCCCGGUCUUAUUCUCACUCCUAAGGCACAGUCUCAGGGCUAGGAGUGCAGGACAGUAUUGUGCAAGGUAUCUUGGACUCGCACAAAACUGUUCCCAAAAGUGAAUAAAAGAAGGGUCAGAAGUUAACUUCAUCCUGCAAACAAGAACCCUGGAAUGCAAAUCUUCUGCUUGGACACUUCUCAGGGGAAGGGAAGAAGCAGGGAGGAUGUGUGCUGAUGUGUUUUGUUCUAAUGGACACUUGGCAAACUGGUGAGAAGAGAUUGUCAAUACAGACGGGUUCAAUACAUAAAAAUUAGGUGGGUUUUUUGGCCACAAAAUGGUAGUUGUAAUUUUAAUUAAAUGGACAGAAUUAAAUGGCUUUACUCAAUUUGAUAGCAGCAUUUUUAUAAAUUGAUUAAACAUCUAGCUGAAAAAAUGUGAAAAGUAGAAAACUGCAAUAGCAUUAGAAAAGUUUAUUGACUUUAACAGAUUUUUCUGCUUUUGUGAUUGUAUAAUUAGUUUUAUCUGUGACUUUGCUUAGGUUUUUUUUCCCCCUAUAUUGAAUAUUAUUCCAAAUGAAUUUAGAUUAAAAUAUCGAAAAAGAUAAAACAUUCUUCUUGUUGCAUAAAACUCCAGGGCUAAAACUGCACCCCUCUUGUUAGUACUAUUUGGAAUAAACAGGCUCUCACAUUCUCAAACCUCCCCCACCCACCCUGGAUAU